AUGAGUCAAGAUCGCCGAAUUCGUCGCAGGGUCGCCAGCCUCGACAACCGCUACGCCCACCAGCUGCUCUCCCAGUUCCCCGUCCCCGGCGACACCGAGGACCAGCUCGUCGCCGGCCUCGACAUUAUCCUCGACUACCUCAACCACGGAAGUGGAGCGCCGGCGCUGAACUAUCUCCGUGGGCGCGCCGACCGCUGGACUGUGGCACAUCAUCACGGCACCGCGGCUGACGACUACUACGCCUUUCGCGACGCCGCCCAGGGCGGGAGAGCCGUCGCCGCGGCAGCGCCGCAGGGUGUCCUCGACGUGCACCCCAACUUCUUUGACCUGCGCGAGAUUUCGUGGCUGCGACUCGACUCUACCCCGCCGGAAUUCGUGCACGAGUCGGGCUCGGACGACAGCAGCAGCAGCGAGGACGAAGGCCACGAGGAUGAUGAUGAUGAUAGCGACGGGUAUGAGUCUGACACUGUGAGCGUUCAAGGCGACGAAUUCAGACUGCCGCCUAGCAUCGACGACCUCAGCAGCAACAGCAGCAGCAGCGAAGAGUUCCCGCCGUACGAGGAGCCUGCGCUGCCCCCACAGCAGCAGCAGCAACAGCCCGAAGCAACCGCUCUUCGCCUCGUGCGGCGCUGCGACCUCGAGCGCGAGACCACGGCGCUGCGCCUCAUCGUGGACCGACUCAUUGCCGAUUCGGCAGCCUCGUCCUACUUCCACGAGCAGAGCGCCGCAGCAAUAGCUUUCGCAGUUGGCCGCCGCCGCGACGAGGUUCGCAUCCGCGCCGCCGACCUGCUCGACUCGCCUGUGCUCUACCACAUACCUGCGCUGCUCGCGCACCUGGCGAGCCUGCCGCAAGUGCCUACUUACGUCGAGCAGCUGCGCCGCCAUAGCAUGCUCGUCCGAGACGAGCAGGCGAGCCAGCGGGUGUCGGAGGUGAGGGCACAGUCCCGGGGCACCCUACUUAUCUCGCCGCCGCCCUCUGAUGGCGGCGACGAGGACGAUGACGGCGGCCUGCAGAGCCCCGUUCUUUCACCAUGCUUUUCGUUACCCGAGAGCAUCGCUACCACUACCACCGCCACUACCGCUGCCGCUGCCGCUGCCGCGUCAUCGUCAUCGGCGCUCAAGAGGCUGCGCAAUGAUGAGUACAACCUCCACGACCGGGACUAUCAAGAAGCCCAAGAGUAUGAAGAGGUUCCUCUUACCCCCUCUGCCAAGCGUUGUCGAGGACCGUGGAAUCUUUGGGGCUUGAUUGGCCGAUGA